AAUAAAAAGAGAAUUUUUUUUAUUUCUCUAUGGGUCUUUGCUAGGGAAAUCCAGAAAUUUCAUCAUAUGGCAACGUGGCAACCUGCUUUGGUUAAAUGAAGAAAGAUCAAGACUUCAAGAUCAUUAUAAAAGUUUAUUUUUCAUUUUCAAUUUUUCUCAGUGGACCAGUGGACUCUAUUUUAGUUAAUACUAAAGUUAUUUAAUAUGGAAUGCAAUGAAAAUAUUAAGGACUCUAGAAAUCAAGAAGUAUUAAGAGCUAUUAUAGAUGAAGGAGAUUCUCUACAGAAAUAUGACAGUAUAGAAGUCAAAUCUGAACUAGAUGAAAGCAGUUAUGGACAGGAAUCUGUAUUAGAUGAGUAUUGUUCAGAUUCAGAUGAUAUUAAAAUAGAAAACAAUGUAUUAGAAAAUGUCUCUAAUGAAAUUAAAGUUGAAAUAAAAAAAGAACUGGAGGAGUGUAGCAUUGGUGAUCCACAGGAUAUUACAGGGAAAGUUACCAAACCAUUCGGUGCUCCCAAAGAACAUUUGAAAACUUAUACCGGUGAAAGAACUUAUAAAUGUGAAAUUUGUAGUGAGCGGUAUACUACAAAAAAUAGUUUAAAUGAGCACAAGAAAAUUCACACUGGUAAAAAACCUUAUAAAUGUGAAAUUUGUAGUAAACAGUUUACUCAAAAAAGUAGUUUAAAUACUCAUAAAAGAGUUCACACUGGUGAAAAACCUUAUAAAUGUGAAAUUUGUAGUAAGCAGUUAUCCCACACAAGUGCUUUAAUUUAUCACAUGAGAGUUCACACUGGUGAAAAACAUGAAUGUGAAAUUUGUAGUAAGAAGUUUACUGAUAUAAAUCAUUUAAAUACUCAUAAAAGAGUUCACACUGGUGAAAAACAUUAUGAAUGUGAAAUUUGUAGUAAGAAGUUUAAUUAUAUAAGUAAUUUAAAUACUCAUAAAAGAGUUCACACUGGUGAAAAACCUUAUGAAUGUGAAAUUUGUAGUAAGCAAUUUGCUAACCGAGAUCAUUUAAAGGGUCAUAUGAGAAUUCACACUGGUGAAAAACCUUAUAAAUGUGAAAUUUGUAGUAAGAAAUUUACUCAAAAAAGUAGUUUAAAUACUCAUAAAAGAGUUCACACUGGUGAAAAACCUUAUAAAUGUGAAAUUUGUAGUAAGCAGUUUAGUGAACAAAAAACAUUACAUAGUCAUAAUAGAGUUCACACAGGUGAAAGACCUCAUAAAUGUGAAAUUUGUAGUAAGAAAUUUACUGAAAAAAGUAGUUUAAAUACUCAUAAAAGAGUUCACACAGGUGAAAGACCUUAUAAAUGUGAAAUUUGUAGUAAGCAGUUUGCUAACCGAGAUCAUUUAAAGGGUCAUAUGAGAAUUCACACUGGUGAAAAACCUUAUAAAUGUGAAAUUUGUAGUAAGAAAUUUACUCAAAAAAGUAGUUUAAAUACUCAUAAAAGAGUUCACACUGGUGAAAAACCUUAUAAAUGUGAAAUUUGUAGUAAGCAGUUUAGUGAACAAAAAACAUUACAUAGUCAUAAUAGAGUUCACACAGGUGAAAGACCUCAUAAAUGUGAAAUUUGUAGUAAGAAAUUUACUGAAAAAAGUAGUUUAAAUACUCAUAAAAGAGUUCACACAGGUGAAAGACCUUAUAAAUGUGAAAUUUGUAGUAAGCAGUUUAGUCGACUAAGUAGUUUAAAUUGUCAUAUGAGAGUUCACACUGGUGAAAAACCUUAUAAAUGUGAAAUUUGUAGUAAGCGGUUUACUACAAAAGGUAAUUUAAAGAUACACAUGAGAAUUCACACUGGUGAAAGACCUUAUAAAUGUGAAAUUUGUAGUAAGCAGUUUAAUCAACUAACUCGUUUAAAGGAUCAUAUGAGAGUUCACACUGGUUAAAAACAUUAUGAAUGUGAAAUUUGUAGUAAGAAGUUUACGGAUAUAAGUCAUUUAAAUACUCAUAAAAGAGUUCACACUGGUGAAAAACCUUAUGAAUGUUAAAUUUGUAGUAAGCAAUUUGCUAAACGAGAUCAUUUAAAGGGUCAUAUGAGAAUUCACACUGGUGAAAAACCUUAUAAAUGUGAAAUUUGCUUCAAACAGUUUACUCAGAAAAUGUCUCUAAGUACACAUAAUAUGGUAGGUCAUACUGGUUAAACACCUUAUAAAUGUGAAAUUUGUAGUAAGAAAUUUACUCAAAAAAGUAGUUUAAAUACUCAUAAAAGAGUUCACACUGGUGAAAAACCUUAUAAAUGUGAAAUUUGUAGUAAGCAGUUUAGUCGACUAAGGUCCGGUCUUUUCACCUCCGAAUAAAUAUUUAUCAGGAAGUUUAUCCGGCAGAUUACAUGUAAAUCUGUCAAAUAAACCUCCGGAUAACUUUUAUUCGGAGGUGAAAAGACCGGGCGUAAGUAGUUUAAAUUAUCAUAUGAGAGCUGACACUGGUGAAAAAUCUUAUAAAUGUGAAAUUUGUAGUAAGCUGUUUACUGAAAAAUCAACUUUAAGUAAUCAUAUGAGAGUUCACACUGCCCAAGUAGCACAGUAAAAACAUUUUAGUUUUAUGUAAGGUUUAUAAAGUUUUUAUUGUAGUAAGUAACAAGCUAAUGGUUUUAAAGUUACCUUCUAGAUAUACUACCAGAACUUUAAAACUGUUAAAAGCAAUUGUCACUAGUUUUAAAGUAUCUAAUAAAAGUAUCAAAUAAACUAAUUAAUCCAAGCAUAUUUUUACAUAAAAACAAGGAAAAACACAACUUUUGGUAAAUCGAUUCUUCCGGUUCAAGACCUCGAUCUUAUACAGCAAGAAAAGAACCUAUGUACCAAAUUUGGUUGAAAUCGGACGUCUCGUUCAAAAGUUAUUGCUAUUAGUCACAUAUAUAUGUAUAGUCGCCAUUUUGAAUUCCCGCCAUUUUUGUAAAGGCAAAAUAUGAGAUAGCCUCGUAUCUAAAUUUGAACCUUUAUAUGUGUGGUAUAUGUGGUCCAAAUUAUAUGCUUCUAUCAUUAAAUACACAAUUGUUUCACAUAUCGGCUGCACUAUAAGUAUUAAAUCCUAUUUUAUAUAAUAAAGUUAAUAUUAGGAAACAAAUACAUAGUAUAAGAAAAUAUAAAUAAAUAUUUUUUGCUUUGAUAUUUUUUCAAAUAAAGAAGUUGUUAGGUUAGGAAAUUGACUGUUGCAUAUUUGUAACGCUAGGAUGUAAUGUAAGAAUAUUCUCCAGUUAUUUUAUAGCAAUAUAUCAUAUGUUUGGUUUUCA